AAACUAUUAGAUAAUUCAAAUUAGAGCGAUGAACAUUUCAAAAUUAAAUCGAAUCGUUCAAAUUAACAAAAUAAUUUGCAGAUUCAAAACAAUUGGAAACAUCGUCAUACCAAAAAAAGUUAAAAGAGAUAACUUGUCAAUAAUCAAAGCAUUGGCUUCUGUGACUAGAAAAGACUACGAAGCGCCAUCGUAUCAGUAUAUAGAUGAUCCUUACCUAUUGCCAUACACUGGGGUUGAUAAGAAAAUGUACAGUUUGUCUAUGGCCUCCGGUCGAGAAGCGGCUAGAUACGUCAUGAAACGCUAUCCUAAUCUUUUUAAAUAUGCCCCAGCCGAUCACCACAUCAAAGAUUACAUGCCUAUCGAACCACCAGCAUCGGCUCCUGAAUCAGUGGAUGGAUUGAAGGAAAGAAUUGAAAGAAGAGAGCCACUUGGGGCCUAUGAUUCUUAUAUGAAAAAUCUCGACAAUGGUAACGAACUUCCCAGGCCAAUCAUAGAUGAUCUGCUUGAUCUGCUAUGUUUCACUAACUCCCAGCCCUUAAAAGCGCCUCUAGAUCCGGAAAUUAGGCAUUUUAAAAGUGAAUUUGUGAGCGAACAAGAAGAGGGGGCCGGCGGUGGUGAUGGUAAUAGUGCUGCUACUAGUGACCGCGUCGGUGAUGAUGAUGAUGGCAGCGGUUCGACUAAUAGACACAUUGAUGAAAUUUGGAAAGAUGAAGGCCCAGCUGAGAAUGUUUACAGAGAGAUUAGUGAGAAAUCGCCUAGAAACGUAUGCAGUAUUAUCAAAGGCAGGAUUAAGUACUUCUCAGUGGAGUCUGGCUUGGAAGAGUACAUGAAUUACAAAGAUAAAGGUGUCGAAUUUGAUGUCGGAACGUACAAUGCUAUAUUAACGGCUAUUCCAUUUGUUAGGCAUAAUUUAAAUGAAGCUUGGAAUUAUACGCUGGAGAUAUUGAGAGAGAUGAACGCCUCGAAGACGGCACCCAACUUGAAAACAUUCAACACAAUUCUCGCCACGAUUGCAACAUUUGUUGACAACAACAAAAACAAAAUGGCCGACAACAAAAACAAAAUGGCCGACAGCAGAAACCAAGACAGUAAAGAUGUUCUUGCUGAUGUCGUUGGUGUUAGCGAUAGGUCAGCUAAUUCUUACGCCUUUGCUACCAUCAACGAGAUGAAGAAGUGCGGCAUAGAACCAUCAUUAACGACUUGGUAUUACGUCAUCCAAAUCGUCUACAGCCUACCAACACGCCACAGACUUCUGCAUGAUAUAGUUGACGAGUUAUCACAAUCCAAUGUUGAAGUAACGGAAGCAACAGACUAUAUUCUCAUGUUCAAGUACACGAAACGUUCUGAGCUUGUAGAGAAACUUCUAGAAGUUGCAGCCAACGUACCACGUGACGAUUCAGAUGACAAGAUGGCGUUCGUCGGGAUCGUCAGAAGCAUCAUUGAACAUUACAAAGAAGAGAAGGAGUCCAGUUCUAAGAAACCCUUUCAACUGAGCAAUGUCAUGAUCAACAACAUGAUAUGUAUCACGCUGAAUGCUGGCCAACAUGUUGAAGCUUGGUGA